CCCACUUGCUGGAAUUUCCACCUGCGAGAAUGAUUAUAAGUCCAAUAUCAUCAUCUGUUGGUUGACUUGGUUCCACCAUUUUCCUUCUACACACAACUCUCGGUGCCGCCGUGCUGAAGGGUUUAGAAUAAGGAGAAAAUGCUUUUGCAAGCCAUAAAAUAGUCUUACAAACCUUAACUUUGUUGGAUGCUCCAUUCAUCCAUGGCUUCCUUACCUGUAAUAUUCGUUUCCAUGUUCAUCUUUUCACUUCCAAUUCUACCAUCAUCAUCAUCAGCCAUGAUCACAAGUUUAGCUAAAGGUUCAUCUCUUUCAAUCCAAGAUUUUCUGGUUUCAACCCCAAAUCCAACUUUCACAGCUGGUUUUUUCAGCAUUGGAGAGAAUGCAUAUUGCUUCAGUAUAUGGUUCACCCAACCAAAUGAUGAUGGAAAUCACACGGUUGUUUGGAUGGCUAAUCGGGACCAACCCGUUAACGGGAAAGGAUCCAGGUUUUCUUUGCAGAAAUCGGGUAAUCUCGUGUUGACAGAUGCAGGGAAAUUCCAGGUUUGGACAAGCAAUACCAAGACAGAGUCAGAUUCUUCUUCUUCUUCUGUUGACUUGCAGCUUCAAGAAGAUGGUAAUCUUGUUUUGAGAGAUUCUAAGAAUCAGAAUCUUUGGCAAAGUUUUGAUUCUCCAACUGAUACGCUUCUUCCGGGGCAGAUAUUCACCGGAAAUUCUCCCCUGAUCUCUAAACGAAGCCUAACCAAUUAUUCCUCUGGUUUCUACAAGCUGUAUUUUGAUACUGAUAAUAUUCUUCGUCAGAUGUAUCAAGGCCCCGAAAUCACCAGUAUUUUCUGGCCUGAUCCGUGGCUAAACAGCAAGGAUGCCGGGAGGUCAACGGACAACAAUAGUAAGACCGCUGUGCUUGAUUUUUUAGGCCAUUUUCAUUCAUCUGAUGAAUUCAAGUUCAAUGUUGUUGAUUAUGGCCCUGGAAUUCAGAGAAGGUUUACUAUUGAUUUUGAUGGAAGUCUUCGGGUUUACAGUCUUGUUAAUACCAGUCGAAGCUGGAAAGUUUCAUGGCAGGCCAAGCUUUUACCCUGCAAUAAUCAUGGAAUUUGUGGGCUAAAUAGUUUGUGCACUUAUGAUCAUGAAACCGGAAGGAAAUGCUCAUGCGCCCCUGGUUAUCGGAGGGUCAAUCAAUCUGAUUGGAGUUAUGGAUGUGAACCUGAAUUUCAGCUUCCUUGUGAUGAUUUCAAUGCAUCAGGUUGGCUUGAACUCAAACAAACUGAAUAUUAUGGUUAUGAUGUUGGGUUCUUUCCAAACUAUACCUUUGAACAGUGUAAAGAAUUAUGUCUGAAGUAUUGUGAUUGCAAAGGUUUCCAGUUCAAAUAUGAUGUUGGUAAUGGCUAUUAUGAUUGUUUCCCCAAGACACUUCUGUUCAAUGGGUACACUUCAAUUGGUUUCCCUGAUCCAAUGUAUUUGAGGCUACCCAAAUCGAAUUUAUCCUCAUUUUCUCCGAAUCUUUCUCAACGAGUCUCUGAUUUGAAAUGCAGUGCUCAAAUUAUCACAUUGGAUAGACAAUAUGGUAAAAAACACCAUCCCGGAUGGGUGAAGACGUUUCUUUGGUGUACUUUAGCAGUUGGAGCUAUAGAAAUCAUCUGUUUACUAUCUUACUUGUACACAACAAGAAUUCGUUCUAGAGCAAGAGUACAAGGCUAUCUUCAGGUUGGAACUGGAUUCAGGAAAUUCAGUUAUGCAGAGCUGAAGAAGGCCACAAAGAAUUUCAGUGAAAUAAUUGGAAGAGGAGGCAGUGGAGAUGUGUACAAAGGGGUGUUGCCCGAUAAUCGUGUGGCCGCCGUCAAAUGCCUGGAUCAGGCUAAUUACCAUACUGAAGCUGUGUUUCUUACAGAAGUAAGCACAAUUGGGAGGCUGAAUCACAUGAAUCUGAUUGAGUUAUGGGGAUAUUGUGCAGAAGGAAAACACAGGCUGUUAGUAUAUGAACACAUGGAGCAUGGUUCAUUAGCAAAGAAUCUUCAAUCUGAUAAACUGGAUUGGAAAAAGAGGUAUGACAUUGCAUUAGGCACGGCAAAAGGGCUCGCUUAUUUGCACGAGGAAUGCUUAGAGUGGGUUCUUCAUUGCGACGUGAAGCCGGAAAACAUACUCCUGGACUCAAACUACCAUCCAAAAGUUGCAGAUUUCGGGCUCUCAAAGCUACUAAACAGAGGCGGCGGCGAUCAAAUCUCGAGUUUUUCAAGGAUUAGAGGAACAAGAGGAUACAUGGCACCAGAAUGGGUAUUCAACCUUCCAAUCACAUCGAAAGUGGAUGUUUACAGUUAUGGGAUCGUCGUGCUGGAAAUGGUAACUGGAAAGAACCCUGUUGGGAGCUAUGACAAAGAAGAAAACGGCAGCAGAAAUGUGAUGAUGGAGCCUAAGAGGCUGGUCCAGUGGGUGAAAGAAAACAUGCACGAAGAAGGUGAUAAUAACACAAAUAAUGAUGAUGAAGUUGAUGGGAAAAUGUAUGGAGUCCUGAAGGUUUUGGACCCAAGAAUAAAGGAAGGUGAUGAAGAAGUUGAUGUGGAGAAGAUGGAGAAUCUGAUCCGAGUUGCUAUACAGUGUGCAGAGGAAGACAGAGAUGGUAGACCAACAAUGCGCCAAGUUGUGGAUUUGCUGAUGCAUCAAAACAGCGACCAGUAAAGCUGGGAUUUUUUUUAAGGGUAAUUGUUAGUUUAUUACUCCCUUUCGUUUUCGUUUUUGUUUUCAUUUUCGUCUAUUGGUGUUUGGACUAAUUUAGAUGAUAUCUUAGAUUGUGUGAUACAAGGUUAUAUACGUCACCGAUAUGAAAUAUCGUAUUAGAAAUACAUGUAACUUGAAAAUGAUGGUUAAAAACUUUAAACAAGACAAAUGUAAGAGGAGUUGGAACCUUAGAUGUACUAAUUUUGGUGAAAUUAGGUUUCUUUUCUCAAGAUGUCAAUACUUCUAUUUACUUGCAAUUUGACCACUGGGG